AUGACUUCCCCUUACACUUGCAGUUGCAGUGGCAUUUCCGUAAAUUUCUUCGUAAACAAACGGAACGUUCAUUAUGGAGGUGGCGCAUUUUCGAAUUCUAAUCUCACAACCACAACCAGGUUGAGACAACGGCCAUUCACGGUGGUCGCACUUUCUCUUCCUCAAUCGAGAAGGUCCAUCGCGAUUCUCAUUUCAUCCUUGCCUUUCACCUUCGUUUUCCUCUCUCCACCGCCGCCAGCGGAGGCCAGAGAAAGACGCAAAAAGAAGAACAUUCCCAUUGAUGAUUAUCUCACUUCCCCUGAUGGAUUGAAAUACUAUGAUUUCCUUGAGGGGAAAGGUCCAAUUGCUGAAAAAGGUUCAACUGUUCAGGUCCAUUUUGAUUGUUUAUAUCGCGGAAUUACAGCUAUUUCAAGUCGAGAAUCUAAACUCCUUGCUGGAAAUCGAGCUAUUGCUCAGCCAUAUGAAUUCAAGGUGGGGUCUCAGCCAGGAAAGGAAAGGAAGCGAGAAUUUGUAGACAACCCAAAUGGUCUAUUCUCCGCACAAGCAUCACCAAAACCUCCACCAGCUAUGUACACAAUUGUUGAAGGAAUGAGAGUCGGUGGGAAGCGAACUGUGAUUGUUCCUCCUGAAAAAGGGUAUGCACAAAAGGGAAUGAAUGAGAUUCCGCCUGGAGCUACAUUUGAGCUAAAUAUUGAACUUUUGCAAGUGUCAUCUUCCUGA